GAAAGAGAUAGAAACACACUACGUGCUCGCUCGGGAGAGGAUCCGAAGGUGGAACUCUACAUCCAAGUGCUACCUUCUAGUGGAGAACUUGCCGACGCCACUUCAGGCGGGUGGCAUAGCAAGUGCCAGCGUAUGGUCGUCAUGUGGUUGCCGCCAGCGGCUGUUGGCUGCCGUCACCAGCGGCGGCCGAGCUGUCCACUGGGCGGCAGUGCCAGCGCCGGUCCCAGCCAAUGACAGCGAUUUGUGCCGAUUCAACUAUACAUUCCCGGUGACAGCAGACAUGGCGCCCGUCAGCUCGCUGCUGGUCUACUACGUCACAGAAGCAGGGGAACCGGUCAGUGACGUCGCUAGCUUCCAUGUCAAGCUGCUGCAUAAAGAGGUGGCAGUAGCAAUCGAAGAACGCCGCUGGUGGUACCCGCGCGCUACGCUUCAGCUCCGAGUGUUGGCGCCACCAGACUCUACCAUGUGUCUGAUCGGCGCACGCGCACCUCCCGACACUCGCUUCGACCCUCACCAAAC